AUGAUGUACAUCUGGAUCCCUUUGAGGGCCCGACGCCCUCAGGCGCAGGCCGUCUUCCGGCGCGUCUGUAUGCAUCACGCAGCUGGCAGAUCUAGACUCUGGAGAUGGCGAGGGAUACACACAGGUGGGGCUCACAGCUCACAGGGGGCGCGACAUGAGGAGCAGUGGCAUGGCGGCUUGUGCGACUUCGACCAGCUUCUCCAGGCGGGCUCUCGACUGGGGCGUGCACGAUGCAUGUGUCGCGCAAGCGCCCGACCUGUUUUCGUGGCACUUCUUCUCUGUGCUUUCAACAUCUGUUGACGCCAUAAGCGCACUGCUUGUCGCCUGGUACCUGGUCCCGGAUAACAGUCGCGGGCGAUGUCUCACGCCUUAUGCUUACUAACCACUCAAUCCUCUCAAUGCGAGCGGUCAGGUAGUGGAGUGGCUUGUCGAAUUGUCGGGGACUGUCCGGGGGGGAUUGCCAAAGACAUGAGUAGCCA